AUGGCAAGUGAACCAGCGGCGGCGGCAUCCAUCAUCUCCAACAACCCCUGCUUAUUCGCUCCUCAUCUCACCAACCACCAACAGCAGCAGCCACCGCCGUCGUCUCAUCAAGAACCGCAGCAGCAGCCGCUGCCUCUCCCUCCUCCCGCCAAGAAGAAGCGCAACCUCCCGGGCACACCAGGCAAGUAUAACCCUGACGCGGAGGUGAUCGCGCUCUCGCCGCGGACGCUGCUGGCGACGAACCGGUUCGUGUGCGAGAUCUGCGGCAAGGGGUUCCAGCGCGACCAGAACCUGCAGCUGCACCGGCGCGGCCACAACCUCCCCUGGAAGCUCCGGCAGCGCAGCGGCAAGGAGCCCCGGAAGCGCGUCUACGUGUGCCCGGAGAAGACGUGCGUCCACCACAACCCGUCCCGCGCGCUGGGCGACCUCACGGGCAUCAAGAAGCACUUCUGCCGCAAGCACGGCGAGAAGAAGUGGAAGUGCGACAAGUGCAACAAGCGCUACGCCGUGCAGUCCGACUGGAAGGCGCACGCCAAGACCUGCGGCACCAGGGAGUACCGAUGCGACUGCGGCACGCUCUUCUCCAGGAGGGACAGCUUCAUCACGCACCGCGCCUUCUGCGACGCCCUGGCCGAGGAGACGGCCAGGCUCAACGCCGCCUCCAGCGCCGCCACGUCGUACCUAUGCGCGGGCUCGCUGGCGGGUCUGCCCGCCGUGCGCCCCAACAUGAUGCUGCCACCGGCCCCGGCCGCGCACCUCAAGCCUGCUGCCCUGCCGCUCGGUCCGCAUGUCGGCGGCCUCUCGCUGUGGGGCGGGGACGCGCUGCCGUCCAUGGCGGGCCACAUUGGCGCUAGUGGUGGUAUCCUGCUGCCCGGUGCGCCAGCGGUGCCCCCGCAGCUGUACGCGGAUCUCUUCGCGCCGGCCACGGCCGCACCGCCGCAGCUGGACGUGGCGCAGCUGGGCUGGCUCUGCGGGAACAACGGCAAGCUCGCGUCGUCGAACGCCAGCGAGCUGACAAGCGUCGCCGCUUCAUCAGCCGCUGCGUCAGGGAAGCAGGACACGGACAGCGUGCCGUCCGUGUUCAGCGGGCAGCAGCACGCCAAGCCCGCGGCGCCGGCCGCCGACAUGUCCGCGACGGCGCUGCUGCAGAAGGCCGCGCAGAUGGGUGCCGUCACGUCCGGGUCCGGCAAUGCGAUGUCGAUGGCGAUGGCGGGGCCUUUGGAGCCGGCCGAUAUUGGUCAUCAUCAGUCGUCGUACGGUGGUGGAGGUCUGCUGUUUAGCGCAUCAACCCAGCAGAACGCUACUAACCUCAGGGGGUUCUGGAACAACAAAUACGCUAAUGAGCCAGCUCACGGCGGCCGCCGGGAACAUGCCGUACGACGUGCUCUCUGCCGUGCGCCAUGCCGGCCUCAAGGACGCUGCCGUCACUGUCGGGAGGGAGGAGACCAGGGAUUUCUUGGGCGUUGGCGUGCAAGCGCUGUGCUCAUCGUCGUUGAAUGGCUGGAUUUAGCUAUAGCUACUACCUAG